UACAAAUUUUUUGAAGCUCACACAGUACAUGCAUGGCUACCAACACUACUACUAACGCCGCCCAGAAGUCAGCCUUCUGUAUUCUCUGAUCUCGCUCCUCAAUCAACCCAGCGGAAGAUCGAAAAAGGGAGGGGUUAGAAAUGUUUGGGGGCCUUGAUUUUGAAGAUCAGCAGGAUCUGCUUCUGGAGAUGACACAGAAAAACUUCGAAAGCGAACUUGAAAAUUUUGGAGAAGAUGAGUUCGAGAGUAGAUCGGUGACCGACGCCAUGGAAGCUCCUUCGGGAGAGGACCAAAGUCAGCACAAUCACAGCAAUAAGAGGAAGCGUUACCAUCGCCACACGCAGCUCCAAAUCCAGGAAAUGGAAGCGUUUUUUAAGGAGUGUCCUCACCCAGAUGACAAGCAAAGAAAGAACCUCAGCCGGGAGCUAGGGCUCGAACCCCUACAAGUCAAAUUCUGGUUUCAAAACAAGCGAACCCAAAUGAAGGCUCAACAUGAAAGGCAUGAGAAUGCAAUUUUGAAAGCUCAGAACGAGAAACUGAGAGCAGAGAACAUGAGGUACAAGGAAGCUCUUAGCAAUACCAGUUGCCCUAACUGUGGAGGUCCUUCUGCCCUUGGUGAGAUGUCCUUUGAUGGCCAACAUUUGAGACUUGACAAUGCUCAUUUAAGAGAAGAGAUUGAGAGAUUAAACACAGUUGCAGGGAAAUAUGGGCCGGGGAAGCCAUGGGGCUCCCGUUCACAUCUUCAAUCUCAUCAUGUUCCUUCUCGAACCCUUGAUCUGGGCAGCGUUGGCAGAUUAAAGCCCCAACCACCUGAUUUCAUAGGAGACAUGUUGAAGUCCGUCACUACCGAAAUCGAUAAGCCAGUGAUCGUUGAGCUCGCCGUUUCAGCCAUGGAAGAAGUCUACACAAUGGCCCAAGCAGGGGAAACCCUGUGGGUCCCUGCACCCAAUAACUCCACCGAAAUUCUCAACCAAGACCAAUACCUCACCACUUACUCUACAGGAAUCAUUGGCCCCAGAAUUUUAGGCCUCACUUCUGAAGCUUCAAGGGAAUCUUCCAUUGUUGCUUUCAAUCAUCUGAAACUCGUCGACAUUCUCAUGGAUGUGAAUCAGUGGUCAAGCAUAUUUUGUGGCAUUGUUUCAAAAGCAUUGACCCUGGAAGUCUUGUCCCCUGGAGUUGGUGGCAACUAUAAUGGAGCUCUACAAGUGAUGAGUGCUGAGUUCCAGGUCCCGUCUCCUCUUGUUCCCACUCGGGAAAAUUACUUCGUUAGGUACUGUAAGCAGCAGGGGGACGGGAGUUGGGCUGUCGUCGACGUUUCACUCGACUAUUUACGCCCCACUCCAAUUUCAAAGACUCGAAGAAGACCAUCCGGUUGUUUGAUCCAACAACUACCAAAUGAUUCCUCAAAGAUCACAUGGGUGGAACAUGUUGAAGUGGAUGAUCGAACCGUACACAAUUUGUACAAACGGCUUGUCACUUCUGGGCUUGCUUUUGGCGCCAAACGAUGGGUGGCUACUCUGGAUCGACAGUGCCAACGUCUAGCCAAUUCCUUGGCUACCAAUAUUCCUGCACUAGAUAUAUGCGUGGUAACAGGGCAAGAGGGGAGAAAAAGCGUUAUGAAGCUAGCGGAGAGGAUGGUGAGGAGCUUCUGCAGUGGCGUGGGGGCUUCCUCUGCUCACAACUGGACCACC